GGGAGUUCCCCCAUAACGAUACUUACUCGGCUAUCUCUGGAUAUGUCUCCAUUGCUUGUUGGUUUGUCGUAUUACUGCCGCAAAUAUGGACCAUCUACAAGACCAAAUCAAGCGACUCGGUAUCGAUGACCUUUGUAUGUCUGUGGCUUGCUGGCGACCUACUCAACUUGGCCGGAAGCGUUCUCCAACAUUUACUUUUUACCAUGCUGAUCGCCCCUGUAGUACCAAUAUGGAUAUUAAAUCAUAGUGGUACUAUGGCAAGAAUAUGGUUAAAAAGACUGUAUUUUAAGGGAAUGGAUGCGUGGAGAAAUUUGAUAAUCCUUGCAGCCUAUUACUGCAUUUCCGAUGUGGUUCUCUUCUACCAAGUGAUUUACUACCACAAUCGUUCAUAUCCUGCCGAGCGAACGCCUCUCCUUGUCGACGCUCCAUCUUCUCGACGCAUUUCCUACCUAUCAACUAUCCUUAAAGUUCUCGGUCUGUCCGUCAUUGCUUGCGCCUUGGGGGCUGUGCUCUGCUAUUUUGUCUCGAAUGUGAUACGGCCAGCUGGAAAUGGCCAUGGAAAAGAAGAUGAAAAUAUAGAAUUCUUGUGGUUGCCGCAAGUGUUAGGAUGGGGAAGUGCUUUCCUUUAUUUGGGAUCACGUAUACCUCAGAUAUUUUUAAAUUUUCGCAACAAGUCUUGCGAAGGUUUAUCGUUGGCUAUGUUUUGCUUCAGUGUAUUGGGGAAUGUGACUUUUGUCCUGUCUGUCCUCUUCCAUUCAACCGACCCAGCAUAUCUGCUUAUAAAUCUUUCAUGGUUAGUGGGCAGCGGAGGCACCUUAACUUUCGACUUUAUAAUAUUCUUUCAAUUCUAUAUAUACAAUAAAGGAUGGGCGGUCGAAGUUUGA